ACUCCUAGCUAUAGGUAGGCUGCUGCCAUGACGCUGUGGAGCGAGCUGAGUGAUGUGGCGACGGUGGCACAGCUGGUCGGCGCAGACGUCGCCGGGCUCAUCUCAGUGAUCAUGCUGGCUGCGGAGACGGCGCGGCAGAACAGGAGGGAGUGCCGGCAGCUCGCGCGUCGGGUCCUCAUAAUCUCGCGGCUGCUGCCGCUCGUGCAGGACCCGGAGUCGGCGCGGCCGAUGGCCGGGCUGUGCGACACGCUUCGGGAAGCCCACGAGCUCCUCCAGUCUUGCCAGAGGAGGAGCGCGGCGUACCGUCUUUUCAUGGCCGGUAGGAAGGCCGUAAGAUUCAGGGAGAUGCAGAACAAGAUCGACUUCUACCUCCUCCUCUUCCCCGUGACAAGCCACAUCGCCAUUGCACGCCGCCUCGACCGAAUCUACAACCUCCUCGACACCACGGGAGCCGGAGGUGAACCGUCUACACUUCCACAGCCGUCCCAGCUGCAGCAGGAGUCUACAGUGGUCGAUCAGGAAGUAGUACCGUAUGAAAUCCAUGAAUUCACGUUUGCAGAAAUCGUCGCUGCCACCGAUUAUUUUGACCCUCACGCGGGGGUCGAGUCCGACCAAUCUGUAACGAUGUACAGGGGAACGCUUCACGAUGGGCGAGAGGUAGCCGUCAGGCGCAUUAUGGACCGGCAGUCCAGCUUCUUACAGGAGGAGUUCCGUACGGAGCUCGAGAUCCUGCCACGGCUCCAACACAAACACAUCGUCCGCCUCCUCGGAUCAUGCGUGACUGCAAGGAAGGACCAGCAACAGAAAAAAAAGCGUCUGCUAUCCUGGUGGAGAAAGGAGCCGAAAGAGCCGGAGUGGCUGACCGUCUACGAGUACAUGGAGAACAACACGCUCUUCCACCACCUACACCCUGAUCAGGGCUCCACCGAGCUGUCGCCCGUGACGGUGUCCUGGAAGACGCGCAUCGAUGUGCUCCUCGGCGUGUCGCGCGCCAUCGAGCACAUGCACUGUCAUGCCAACCCGCCGAUUAUCCACUGGAAUAUCAAGCCGGCAAACAUCCUUUUCGACGCCAGCUGGGUGCCGCGUUUGUCAGGCUUUGGCUCCUCGGUCGUCUGGGACAUGGCGAGUGAGGAGUCGGGGAUGACUUGCACCGUUACUGGCACAAUUGGGUACAUCGACCCAGAGUACAUGACCACACGUCAUGUGAAGCCGACGAACGACGUGUACAGCCUGGGCAUUAUGAUGCUCGAGGUUGUGACAGGUAGAAAGGUAAUUGAGAAGGACGACCAGGGGGAUAUACUACCUUUGACAUCGUUCGCAGUCCCCAUCGUUGAGGCCGGCAAUAUUAGGGGCUUGCUGGACACUCGACCCGUGCCGGAGCCAACGCCCGGGCAACUCCGGGCGCUGGAGAACGUGGCCCGGACUGCACGAUGCUGCGUGAAGGAGAAAGGGAAGGACCGGCCGGCCAUACCGGACAUCGUGGCCAACCUCGAGACGGCGCUCGAAUUGUUCUGCAAGGACGAGCCAAGCUCAGUUCACGAGUCACCAGAACAUGACACCAACGUUGUCUUCCCGUCCCUGCCGGCAUCGCCGGAGAUCACGUUGGCUGAGGUCCAGGUGGUGGGCGGCCACGAGAAAUGCACGUCCGAUCCGGGCGGCAGCUCCUCCAACUUUAUCGACGGCACGCAGCACCUUAAGAUUACCAACUCUAUCUAGUCUAGUUACAGAUUGACCAUUAGUCUUGUUCUCGUCUAGACAUCAGUCAUCAAAGAUGUCUGUUAAAAGAGGAACGUGGGUUGAUGGCCCUUACCCUAGUUUGUUUUCAGGGAUUUGUUAAUUUUCAUCUAGACUAGAUAGAAUUAGUUAUGGCACUUCUAACAUCACAACCACGCAU